CCUGGGGGAAAUCAGAGUGUAGCUGGUCUUUGGGGUAGAAGUGAUCUCUCUCUCUCUCUCUCUCUCUGGUCUGUCCGGUUCACUCACACGUCUGUGACCCGUGUGUUUAAGUGCCAGCCGUCUGUUCUGUGUCAGAAUCGUUUGGUAACUCAAUCUCUGAGGUGCACUGCGCUGACGAGCGGAGGGGGGUGGCCAUGCUGAUCUACAGUCUGGCUCCGGUGGGGCAGCUGCAGUGCUGUAGGUGUUGCCCGCUCACUUCUUCACGCCUCGUUCACUUUCGGCAGACUUGGUCUUUCUCAGCGAGCCGCCGACGAGCGAUACCGGAGCCUGGAGACUCGGCCGCGGAAUAAAACCAUGUGAAGGACCCGGUGAGACCUCUUACUGUACCGUGCCGGAGACCAACGGUCGCUCGAAGUGGAGCUUAACGACAUGUUCACGCGCGGAUCCAAAAAGCGGCGGUCCAACCGUUCGGAGGAAGACCCUGAUAGAGGUCAGCCCUGUAUGAGAUGUGGAGAGCAAUGUCCAGGCUUCCGCAUGCACGGCUGGAGGAAGAUCUGUGUGCACUGUAAGUGUGUGCGUGAGGAGCAUGCAGUGCGCACAGUUCCCGGUCAGCUGGAGAGGAUGAUGAUGAAGCUGGUGUCCGACUUCCAAAGGCACUCCAUCUCGGACGACGACUCCGGCUGUGCCUCGGAGGAGUACGCCUGGGUCCCACCUGGCCUCAAACCGGAACAGGUGUAUCAGUACUUCAGUUGUAUUCCUGAGGAUAAAGUGCCCUAUGUGAACAGCCCAGGAGAGAGAUAUCGCAUUAAACAGCUUCUUCACCAGCUCCCAGCCCAUGACAGUGAGCCCCAGUACUGUAACUCCCUGGAUGAUGAAGAGAAGAAGGAGCUAAGAUUGUUCAGCCAGCAGAGGAAAAGAGAAAACCUGGGCCGCGGAAUCGUUCGCCUCUUCCCCGUCACCAUGACAGGAGCCAUUUGCCAGCAGUGUGGUAGGCAGAUUUGUGGGGGUGAUAUAGCUGUGUUCGCGUCCCGGGCUGGUCAUGGCUCCUGCUGGCACCCUCAGUGCUUUCAGUGCGCGACGUGUAGCGAGCUGCUAGUGGACCUCAUCUACUUCUACCAGGAGGGUCACAUAUACUGCGGCCGGCACCAUGCUGAGCGCAUCAAGCCCCGCUGCCAGGCCUGCGAUGAGAUCAUUCUAGCGGACGAGUGCACGGAGGCGGAGAGCCGCCACUGGCACAUGAGGCACUUUUGCUGUUUUGAGUGUGAGACGGCGCUGGGCGGUCAGCGCUACAUAAUGAGGGAGAGCCGGCCGUACUGCUGCACCUGCUAUGAGUCGCUUUAUGCAGAGUACUGUGACACCUGUGGGGAGCACAUUGGAAUAGACCAGGGGCAGAUGACGUAUGAGGGUCAGCACUGGCAUGCCUCUGAGGCAUGUUUUUGCUGUGCUCACUGUCGACUCCCCCUGCUGGGCAGACCCUUCCUCCCCCGUGGUGGGCUCAUUUUCUGCUCCCGGCCAUGCUCUCUUGGGGAAGACCCGGAUAACUCUGACUCCUGUGACUCAGCCCUGCAGAGCAAACCCGCCUCACACAAACACACACAGCAGCAGCACCGCCGUUCACCACUGAGGCCACUGGAGGGCAGCAAUGCAUCCGCUGCCACUGUCAAAACAUCUACUGCUAGUACGUCAACUCAUCCCUCGGAAAGCAGAGGUGUACACACUUCACUCUCCCAUUUACAAAAUGGUGGUCCACCACCUCCACCUUACAGAGAAAGACGCCCCCAGAGCUCACACUCUCCUUCCCAGCUCACUUCUUUAGCCAACGGCUGGGGAACGUCAUCACCUGCAGACCAAUCAAACGCUGACAACCACUCAGGACACAGCAGGCUGGAAUACACGGUGGAGCUGAAUGGAUAUGCUGAAUUUGGCCCAUUUCCACCAAGCUGCACUUCCAGAGGAACCUCGACAGCGAAAGACAGUGGCAGACUUGGGGAGAACAGUUCGGAAACUCUCUCUCCUCCUCACUCAUCCCCUGCAUUUGACUCUCUAAACCACACAGACUCUUUCCCACCUCCUCCACCUCCUGUAUUCAUCGGCCUCGAUGAUUUACCAAUCCUGCCCCCACUUGACACUUCUGAGCCCGAGUCGCUCCCGCCUCCACCCGCCCCCCUGCCAGCGCGGAGCAGCACGGCCAGGGUCAGCUUCAGGGAGCCAAUCAGCAGCAGCUACUCAAUGGAGGAGGAUGAGGAAGAGGAAGAAGCAGAAGUUGAAGAGGAGAGAAGAGAUGGGGGUGAGGGAGAGAAGGAGGAAGAGGAAGACGAGGAAGCUGUUGGAGGCUUGGGACGCAGACUACGCCUUCGAGACGGAAUACCGCCUCAGAUGGACCUUCUGGAUGGAUCAUACCACCGCAGUUUCCGGCGAGGGGGCGCAGGACCUCCUGGCCGCAGCCACGUGGCUUCAGACUCACUGCUCCACUUGGGCACAGAAAAGCGUUUCAGACGCUCACGGCGUGACAGACCCCGUCUAGAGACUCUGGAGUGGAGAGGAGGGGACAACCCGCAGCCUUCCUGCAGCAACAUUGACGGAGAUGGCAGCCCCAGGCUGACCCUUCACUCCACCUACUACAGACACGAAGACUCCUGCUCCACCUGCUCAUCUUCAUCAGACUCCGAGGAGGAAGGCUUCUUCCUGGGCCAGCGCAUCCCCCUGCCCCCACAACUGACUGGCCAAGAGAGGACCAAGGAUGAAGAGAAAGAUGAGGAGGAGGAGGAGAAAGGGAAGACGAAGAGAGGCAGCCUGAGGAGGAGGAGGACACACAGUCUGAGCAGCAAAGACAAAGACAAAAACUGUAUACUGUCCUGAGAGAGAGAGAGAGAGAGAGAGAGAGAGAGAGAGGGUCAGUCACGGGCUACGUUCACAUUACAGUGGCUCAAAUCCAGUUUUUUGCCUAAUGAUGAUGUGGAUCUAUAUUUUUAUAUCUGUGUGAACACAAAAAAAUCUGAUCUUUUUUCAAAUCAUAUUUGACCCACUUUCAUAUGUAGUCCUAGGUUGGACACCUAUCUGACACAUGGCCAUUAAAGGUGUAACAUAUAUGUUUUUUUUAUGUGUUUUAUAGUUUUAUUAUCUAUAUUCCACUACAGUGUAAAAUCAUAUUUGAAUCAGAUUGCACUAACCAAUAAUGAUCAGAUCACCCAGGAUGUAUGUUAUUGCCAGGUGUGAAUGGAGCCCAACUGAUCAAUAAGCCUUGCAAUGUGAACGGAGCCAUGGAGACACUGCAGAGUUUGCUGCUUCUUGCCUUUGUUCAGUGAGACAAUACAGGAACGGAACUGUUUUAUAGUUGUAUUUGAUCAAUACUGACAUCCAAGCCAAGAAACUACUGCAAUUCACAUAUUGGACUGUAAAUCAUUUUGGACGAUAUUUGUUUUUUAUAUGGGACAGAAAUAGACCUCACGGAUCAUUGAAGCACUUUGCAAUCUUUUAUAUAUGUUUUAAUAAACAGAGAUCUUCCUUCAGUGUUUUAUCAUUUAGAACCAGGAAACCUUCAGCCGAGUGUUUUUAGAAUUGGUGCUUGCAUUUAAAUGCUUUCUAAUGCUUCACUGGAACAAGUAUGUCCAUAAUGUUCAUAGUCCAGCCAGUUGGAAGAUUAUUCCAGUGGUGAAACAAUAUCACAGUCUCAUGUGAAAAGGAAGUGGAGUAAUCAGUAAUCAAGCAGUAAUCUGGACUUUGGAGUAAAGCUCUUUCUUUCCAACUGAGAGUUAAGAAGGAUAGGGAUUUUGAAGGCCAAGCGUGCUUUAAUUGGUGGAAAAAAACAAACCAGCAUACUGAUAAAAUGGAAAUCCACAAUCUGCACAGGAAUGAAAGGAGUAGAAGAGAAAAGCAUUUGCUGUCCCUGUCAUUAGAAAACCUUGUUUAAUUACUCCUUCCAUUUGCAUUGUUUUACAUGCCAGCAUUGCCUGACGAAUGGACCAAUAGAAAAUGCGAGCAUUUUACAUUUGGUUAAGAAUAUUUUGCCUUCUUCUGUAAAGGUAGAGGUAUGAGGUUUUCUUACAACAGUGUCUAUAUACAGCCACACUUCACCACGACUAACCCAGUGUUCUCAUUUAAAGCAGUAACAAUCACCCCAAAUAUAGUCAAUCAGCCAGUACAUAUUUGGUCAUUGAAAUGUGCUUUUUUAUUUUGCACUUAAGCUACGAAGUUUAGGUAGUCAAGAGUAAUAGAAGCUUCUACCUCACCAAUUAGCACUGUGCAGAUAGUAAUCUGAUCAUAAUCGGAUUUCUGCAGCCAUCUGAUUACUCAAAUGGUCACGUAAGCGGCACACUCUGAUUGCUUAGAUCGGAGUAGAAAUCCAAAAAGAGAGCUGGAUUUUAGCUCAGUAAACAGAUUUUUCAGUGCGUGUAAAAUCUUACUCUGAUUUCUUUCAGACUUCUCAGUAAGCGCAUGUGCGAAAACAGACAGCGGCACCAGAAAUAAGCGAGCAGUGUUGCUGAGAGACGCGGCCAAACACUUUUGGAGUAAUGAAACCAUUAACAUGCUUGAUGAAAGAAGGAUUUAAAUAUUCUACAUCUUCUAGAUGAUGUACGUAUGUUCAUAUUCAUAAGGUAGCGCAAUGUUUUUUGAAAAACAGCCGUGGCAUGAAGUUCAAAUUUUAAGUUAUGUUUACGUCACAUCUUCUUCUGUGAGUCUAUUGCAUGGUUGCAAAGCAGAAACCCAAUUACUGUCUGACUCAUGUAGACCCACAGUUUCCCCUUAUCUGAUUGCUCAAUUGAUCAGAUUACUGACAAAAUCUAGUUUUUUUUUCAGUUAUCGGAUUAUGAAAUGCAUGUAAACACACUAAAUGAGUAAAUCAUCUCAAAGUGGCUUCAAACUGGGUUUAGUCGUUAAGUAAUCUCUAAAGGACCUGCUUGUGUGGUUUCUAGCGCUACAUGACACACUGUUAUUUAUACAUUGUUUUUAUAUUGUGAUCAUUAGUGGAAUAUGAAUUGUGCCAUUACUUCUUAGUUACAUGAACCUUGAAGCUCCAAGAAGCAAACUUCAUACUCCAAACAUGUCUUCGCUGAUUAGCUACAUUUGGGAUAAGCAGAAAACUGUUUAAGUAAGACGUUUACUAAGAAACACAGAGCAAAACACCAACGCUCAAGGAUGCAGUGUGUUUCCGCCACAAGGUUUCCAAGUCUGAAAAGCAUGUUUCAAACAGCUGUACGUUUAUAGCCACCAUGUGUUGCCCUGUAUUUGGCACCUUCAUGUUCAGUACAUGCAAUAUUAAAUUGUCGCAUAAACAUUCAUAUCUACAGUUUGAUUUUUCUCCUGCUCUUUUUGAGCUUGAAGGACCCUGAAAUACAAAGAAACCAAGUUUUUGUUGGGCAACCAAAACCACAUUUGUAGUGUUCAGAUUGUGCUCUGUUGAUCCCAUAAUCCAAUGACUCUGCAGCUCCAGACUAAAUCCUCUGCUCCCUACAAGACUGUUAUGUUGACUAUAACAAAACAACCAUUUCUACUUUAGAACCUUCAUCGGUGUGACUAAAAGUUGAAGUGAGGUAAACGGAAGAUGUAACAUUGAAAAACACUGUAAAUUAGAGUCCUAUUUUUUAUAUAAACAUGGGUGAUGGUGCAACUUUCAUGAUCAUGUAAAUAUAUUGUCUUUAGAUAUGUUUUUUUAGGAGCAUUCUUCUUUAUCAGAGAAUAUUAUUUGAAGAUAUCUUUGUUAAUAGGUGGAAAUAAACCACUUGAACUUUU